AUGGCCCAGCCGCUGAACUUUGUCCUCAAUGUUGCCGAGACCCCAGAGGACCACGGCCAGGAGCCCAGCCCCUAUGAUGAGAGUGAAGUCCAUGACUCCUUCCACCAGCUCAUCCAGGAGCAGAGCCAGUGGGUGGCUGAGGAGGGGCUGGAGCUGCAGCAGAGGGAGCCAGGGGCUGGAGGCCCGGAGACCUCAGGCAGUGGCCAGCAGGCCCUGCCGGGGCCCGAGGAUGCCCUUGUGCACAGCACAGCCACGCUCCGCAUCUUGGCCAGCAUGCCCAGUCGCACUAUUGGCCGUAGCCGCGGUGCUGUCAUCUGCCAGUACUACAACCGCUCCGUGCGGCUGCGACGCAGGGUCAGCCGGCCCGAGCUCAAGGGCGUGGGGCGCUCGGCCCGGCCCAGCCUCCGCCUCUACGACCUGGAGCUGGACCCCGCGGCCCUGCAGGAGGAGGAGAAACGCUUCCUCCUGGUGAAGGAGCUGCAGGGCCUGCCGGUGGCCCAGCGGGACCAUAUGCUCCGGGGAAUGCCCUUGGGCCUGGCCGAGAAACGCUGCCUGCGAGAGGAGAGCCAGACCCCGACGGGGAAGCAGAGGGGCCGGCAGGGCCCGCGUGGGCUGUUCCCCUGCUGUGGCCGGCUCCGAGACGCCUGCGUGCUGGCCCUGCACAGCCUGGGGCUCGGGCUGCUCGCGGGUCUGCACGCCCUGAGGCCGUGGCGCUACGCCCUGAAGCAGAUCGGAGGCCAGUUCGGCUCCAGCGUGCUCUCCUACUUCCUCUUCCUCAAGACCCUGCUGGCCUUCAAUGCCCUCCUGCUGCUGCCGCUGCUGGCCUUCAUCGUGGGCGUGCAGGCGGCCUUCCCGCCGCCAGCCCCCCCGGGCUCUGCACCCAGCUUCACGGGCCUGGAGCUGCUCACCGGCGGGGGCCGCUUCACGCACACGGUCAUGUACUACGGCUACUACAGUAACAGCACACUGAACCAGCCGUGUGCGCCGCCCCUGGCUGGUGGUCAGUGUAGCCGCGAGGCCGCCGGCCUGCCCUACAGCAUGCCCUUGGCCUACCUCUUCACUGUGGGCCUAGCCUUCUUUAUCACCUGCAUCACCCUCGUGUACAGCAUGUCCCACUCUUUCGGGGAGAGCUACCGGGUGGGCAGCACCUCGGGGGUUCAUGCUGUCACCGUUUUCUGCUCCUGGGACCACAAGGUGACCCAGAGACGGGCCUCCCGCCUCCAGCACGACAACAUCCGAACCCAUCUGAAGGAGCUGUUGGCCGAGUGGCAGCGACGGCGGGGCUCCCGGAGCGCGUGCGGGCGGCUGCGGUGGGUGGCCGUGCGGGGGCUCGUGUGGCUGCUGUCCCUGGGGACUACGCUGGGCUGCACCGUGGCCGUCUACGCCUUCUCCGAGCUCAUGAUCAAGAGCCCGGUGUCCGCCGAGCAGGAGGGGGCGCUGCUGGCCCUGCCCGUGGUGGUCUGCCUCCUCAACCUGGGGGCCCCCUACCUGUUCCGCUGCCUGGCGGCCCUGGAGCGGCACGACUCGCCGGUGCUGGAGGUGUACGUGGCCGUCUGCAGGAACCUCAUCCUCAAGAUGGUCAUCCUGGGCAUUCUUUGCUACCACUGGCUAGGCCGCAGGGUGGGCGCCCUGAAGGACCAGUGCUGGGAGAACUUUGUGGGCCAGGAGCUGUAUCGGCUCGUGGUGCUGGACUUCAUCUUCGUGCUGCUGGACACACUGUUCGGGGAGCUGGUGUGGAGGCUCAUCUCUGAGAAGCAGCUUAAGAGGAGGGAGAAGCCGGAGUUCGACAUUGCCGGGAACGUUCUGGAGCUGAUUUACGGGCAGACCCUGACCUGGCUGGGGGUCCUUUUCUCCCCUCUCCUCCCUGCCAUCCAGAUUGUCAAGCUGCUGCUUGUCUUCUAUGUCAAGAAGACCAGCCUGAUGGCCAACUGCCAGGCGCCCCGCCGGCCCUGGCUGGCUUCGCACAUGAGCACCGUCUUCAUCACCCUGCUCUGCUUCCCCUCCUUCCUGGGAGCCGCCAUCUUCCUCUGCUUCGCUGUGUGGCGGGUGAAGCCCUCGAGCACCUGCGGCCCGUUCCGGAACCUGGACAGCAUGUACGAGGCCGGCAAGGUGUGGGUGCGCCAUCUGGAGGAGGCGGGCCCCAGGGUCUCCUGGCUGCCCUGGGUCCACCGGUACCUGGUGGAGAACACCUUCCCCGUCUACCUGGUGUCGGCCCUGCUGCUGGCGGUGAUCUACCUCCACAUCCAGGUGGUGAAGGGUCAGCGGAGGGUCAUCUGCCUCCUCAAGGAGCAGAUCAGCAACGAGGGGGAAGACAAAGUCUUUUUGAUCAACAAGCUUCAUUCCGUCUAUGAGAGGAAAGAGAGGAGCAGCCCCGUAGGCACUGACGCCAGCCCGGGACUCAGCAGCCCAUCAAGGCUGGAACUGGAGGGUGGGCAACCGGGCCUGCCGAGCGCACGCACGCACUGCUGUGCGGUGUACCCUCACCGUGUAGACAACCUGUAG